GUAAAGCAAGCUAUUAAAGUGAGAGUGAGAAUAAACAAAUUGGAGGAAAAAGAGAGAAAAAUGGUGACUGAAGGAGGUGUAACAGCAAUAAUGAUCGUAACUCAGUUUGUGGAAGUGGGUGGUGAUACUCUAAUGAAAUCAGCCACAAAAGAUGGAAUGAGUAUUUUUAUUUUCAUUUUUUAUUCAAACAUUUUGGCCCUAUGUUUCCUUCUACCAUCCACUCUCUUCCACCAUAGGAAAAGAUCUCCUCCUCCAAUUUCAACGUCAAUUUUCUGCAGAAUGCUUCUUCUUAGUUGUCUCUUUACUGCAGUGCAGAUUUUAAUGAAUACUGGAAUUGGAUAUAGCUCUCCCACAUUGGCAUCUGCUAUGGUUGACCUUGUCCCUGCUUUCACGUUCAUACUUGCUGUAAUUUCAAGGAUGGAAGUUCUAAAUAUGAAAAAGCAUAGCAGCCAGGCAAAGAUUAUUGGUACAUUGGUCUCCAUUGUGGGGGCAUUAACCGUGACAUUAUAUAAAGGGAUGCCAUUGAUUAAUGGUGCCUUUCAAAAUAUAGAAAUGGGAGCAACUGAAAUUUACCUAUUAGGGAAAUCAGACUGGAUAAUUGGUGCUUUUCUUCUUGCAACUGCUAGCUUUCUCCUUUCAGUUUUAUUUAUUACCGAGACUUGGACUAUCAAGGCUUAUCCUGAAGAACUACUAGUAACAUCUAUUUGUAUUAGCUUGGUGGUAAUACAAUCAGGCAUUGUAGCUCUUAUUGUUGAGGGAAAUUCAAAUGCUUGGAUACUUAAACCUAACAAGGAGUUGGUAGCAGUGUGUUUUUCAGCAAUAUUUGUGGUAUCAUUGAGGAGUGUUGUAAACAAAUGGGCAUUUCGUAAAAAAGGACCAAUAUAUGUAGCUAUGUUCAACCCUUUAAGAGUGGUCAUUGCACUUGGCAUGGGGAUAUUAUUUUUGGGAAACAAUCUUUAUCUUGGAAGCAUGAUUGGAGCUUCUAUCAUAGUCAUUGGAUUUUAUGCUGUGAUGUGGGCACAAGCUCAAGAGGAGCACACAACAAGUGAAAAUGAUUUUCUCCCAUCUUCUUCAACACCUUUGUUGUCAACCAAAAACAUUGACCACUAGGACACUCUGCUUUUGUACUAUUGUAGGGUCUAUUGAUUGCAUAAUCUUUUUUUAGCCUCGUGAAAAUAUGUAAUCCUAACUGGAGUUCCCGUGGAAAUGGCUAUUGCUCAUAGUAUUUGGUGCAUGCGGUUAACACAACUACUAA